GGUAAGAAGCUUGCUAACCAAUGACAUGGUUCCAGGUUCAGUCACAUUGUAUGGCACCUCAGAUCAUGAAAAUGGAAUGUCAAGUUAAGAAAAACAAGCAUUUUCAACACCUCCUCCUGUUUGCUUUUAAUCAAGGUUCUAAGGCCACAAAAGCUGCUCGCGACAUUUGUGCUGUGUAUGAAGAGGGUGCCAUAGCUGAAAGAACCACUCGUGAUUGGUAUGCCAAGUUCAAAAAUGGAAAUUUUUACCUCAAAGAUGCACCUCAUUCUGGCUGUCCAGUUGAGUUCGAUGAAGAACGAUUAAACCAACUUUUGCACGAAAAUUCUCAUCAAACGACAAGAGAACUGGCAGAGAAAAUAGAAUGUUCUCACACUGCUAUAGAGAAGCAUUUUCACUCAAUGGGAAAGGUUCAAAAGUAUGGAGCAUGGGUUCCGCAUGCUUUCAGUGACAACAAAAAUCAAUGAGCCACAAUCUCUGCUGGUUUGCUUGCUCGUCACCGCUCAACUCAUGGACACAAGCAACGAUUUCUUUACUGAAUCAUUACUGGCGACAAAAAAUGGUGCCUGUACAUCAAUAUGAAGCAGCGUUAGGAUUGGCUUAGCCCUGGUAAACAAGUGACACCGUGCGUGAAACAAGAUCUUCAUCCGCGUAAAACGAUGUUGUGCAUAUGGUGGGACUGGGAAGGGAUUAUCCAUUAUGAAUUGCUUGAACAGAACCAAAUGGUCAACGUGGAACUCUAUUUUCAACAGAUGGAACGACUAAUUGGCAGCAUGGAGUUCUUCAGCUGCACGACAACCCCCGCCCUCAUAUUGCCAAUAUGACCAAGGAAGCCAUUCAACUGCAUGGCUGGGAAGUGCUGCCACACCUGCCCUACUCUCCUGAUUUGGCACCAACGGAUUUCUACCUCUUUCGAUCUCUUUCAAAUGCUAUGCACGGAGUUUCAUUCAAUACUGAUGCGGAACUGAGAGUUGAAAUCGGGUGAUUUCUACCAACGAGGUAUUGAAAAUCUUGUCGAACAUUGGGAAGAAGUUGUAAACAACAAGGGUGGAUACAUUAUUGAUUAAUUAGUUGUUAUUUUUUUUAUUAAACCUGUUAA